AUGCUGAUCUGGUUUUCGAGGUCGAAGUUGGACAGGAAAGCGCUCAUUUGUACAGGUAAGGGAAGAAGCUCGGCCAAUCAAUAUCGCCUGUCGUCGGUGCUGACUUCAGUAGACUGAAUGGGGACUACAUUCCACUCCAUGCAGCUUCUGGCGUGGGAAAGUGGCUGGGCUACGGUGGCAUCAUCUUUCCCUAUGCGCUUUUCGAAGUGCCGAGUAUUGUGGUCCUUAAGAUAAUGAGGCCUUCACGAUAGAUAUACAUUCUUGUCAUUACCUGGGGCACUGUAAGCAUCAAGGACCAUAAUAGAUAGGGCGGUAUGAACUGACUGGUGACUAUCACAGGCCCUCACUCUUCAAGGAAUCGUCAAGACAUAUGAACAAUUAUUGGUUACUAGAAUAUUUUUCGGGGUUGCUGAAGCUGGCUUUUUCCCAGCUGCUGCACACAUACUUACGACUUGGUACUGCCGCUGGGAAUAUCAAACCUGGGUUGCUAUCUUUUUCUCAGCGGCCUCCCUGGCGAGAAGCUUCUCAGGCCUUCUUGCCUUUGGAAUCCAACAUAUGGAAGGUAUUUCUGGCCUUGGAGGAUGGCGUUGGAUCUUUAUCCUCGAGGGCAUCUUGACAGUGCUUAUUGGUGUCAUAAUUCCCUGGGCGCUCCCCGAUUCUCCCGAGACAGCUUCCUUCCUUACACAAAAGGAAAAAGCGAUUCUCAUCCAUCGGCUGCAGCAAGAUGUCGGGACUCAGGCACGGGAAGACUCAGCGGAAAAAUUCCAAUAG